UUAAGAUUUCCUUAGGAGUUUUGGGUUUGGGAAUCAAAUAUUAAUAUUAUGUUCAAAUAUUAUUAUUUUUGUGAAGUCUUUAAAUAAUUAAAUCGCUUUUAGUACUAACCUUUGUAAAUUCAGCUGCGGUAUAGUAAUCUUUGUUCAAUACAGACUACAGAGCUAUAAAUUGUUAUUUCCGAGUGAUUUAUGAGUGCAAAUGAUUUACAGUUCAAAAUGCAUGAUGUAUAUGAAGUUGUAAAACUGUUAAAGUAUUCUGUUCAAAUUGAAAGCAUCACUGCCUAUGAUAAUUAUUUGCUGGUUGGUAAUCGUUUAGGGCACAUAUUUUUGUACACCACCAGUCCUAGGGUACAACUAGUUGACUGUAAUAAAACAUUUAGCAAAAGACCUAUACUACAAUUAACUGCAAUAUCAGAAUGUCAAAUAGUUAUUUGUCUAUCAGAUGAAAGAGUUAGUGUACUUGAUGUAUCUCGUGAUAAAGUAAUACAUUUGAAAACACCUGGUUUACAAAAAACUAAAGGUGCUAGUUAUUUUACUGUAAAUGUGAAGACUCCCGAUGGAUUGCAAAGUAAUCCCAGUAACACAGUAGUUCGCCUCUGUGUAGCUGUUAAGAGACAAUUGCAAGUUUACUAUUGGAAAGGAAAAGAUUUCUUGGAACAUUCUGAAAAUAUUAACUUACCAGAUAUACCUCGUACAUUAGUGUGGUGUGAUCAAACAGUAAUUAUUGGCUGUAAAAAUGAAUAUUACUUAUUUGAUGUUACUAUGGAACAAGUAAAACCUUUGUUCUUAACUGGAAAAAAUCAAGAACCAAUUAUAACCAAAAUAUCGGACACAAUGUUUGGUGUUGUCAAAGAUUCCCAUUUAAUUGUCAUGAGUACAAUGGGCAAAGUAGCUGAGCAGCAAUUUAUUAAAUGGGUAGACACACCAUCUAUUAUUUUGUAUGAUGAACCUUACUUAAUUGCAAGUAUAGGCGAUAAAUUGUAUGUACAAACUAUAGAAUCAGUUGAAAGUUCGGUGUCGCGUCAAGUAAUAUCAGCUUCUUCUAAAACUAUGAAUAUGUUUACUUGUAAAAGUGGUUUAAUUUAUGUUUCGUCUACAUUGGAUGUUUGUUGUUUAAAAGCAGUUCCAUUUUCUAAACAAAUUAAACGACUUCUUGAAGACAAAGAUUUUCAACUGGCUUUAAAAUUAGCUAACAUAUCUGAUGAAUCUAUUGACGAUAAAGAAAAAAAUGUAUCACAAAUUAGAACUUUAUAUGCUAAUGAUUUAUUUGAAAAAAAGAAAUAUCAAGAAUCCAUGAGAGAAUUUUUAAAGUUGAAUACGGAUCCUUAUGAUGUUAUCAGAUUAUUUCCAAAUUUAUUACCUCAAAGUGAUUCAGACUACGGAGAAGAAAUACUUGAAAAAGAGAUGGAAAUAAAAAUUGUUGCAUUAAUUGAAUAUUUAACCGAGGUGAGAUUCAAUCUUUUAAAAGAACCCAAUGUUAAAAAUCAAUCAGAUAUUCUUGAAAUAAAUACUAAUCAUCAAGAACAGUUACUUCAGAUUAUAGACACAACACUUCUAAAAUGUUAUUUACAAACUAAUGACGCUCUAAUAGCACCUCUUUUAAGACUUAACCAUUGUCAUUUAUUAGAAACUGAAACAACAUUAAAAAAGUAUAAAAAAUACAGCGAAUUAAUAAUUUUGUAUCAAACCAAAGGAUUACAUAGCAAAGCAUUAGAACUUCUUCAAAAGCAGUCAGAUGAUUCCGAUUCUAAUCUCAAAGGACCUGAAAGAACUAUUCAAUAUCUACAAAAUAUUGGUUCAAAUAAUAUUGAUAUUAUUCUACAGUUUUCUGAUUGGGUAUUAAAAAAGUACCCAGAAGAAGGACUUACUAUAUUUACAGAAGAUGUUGCUGAAGUUGAACAUUUACCUAGGCCUAAAGUAUUGGAUUUUUUAAUUAGAAAUCACAAAAAUUUAAUUAUACCUUAUAUGGAACAUGUUAUACACGUUUGGAAUGAUACCAAUGCUAUAUGUCAUAAUGCUUUAAUACAUCAAUACAGAGAAAAGCUUCAAAAAUAUAAUUCCAUGUCAAUGCAAGCUGAUGAACAAACAGCUCAAAACACUAAAACUAAACUUCUGGAAUUUUUAGAACAAUCAAAGUAUUAUACUCCUGAAACAGUAUUGGUACAUUUUCCAUUGGACGGAUUUUUUGAAGAACGUGCUAUAGUAUUAGGUAAACUGGGUCGCCAUGAACAAGUCUUAUCUAUGUAUGUCACUGUGUUGGAUGAUGUUAACCGAGCGAUCGAGUACUGUGAUAAAGUUUAUAAAUCAAAAAAUGAAAACUGUGAUCAAAUUUAUGUUAUACUAUUGAGAUUGCUCAUUGACCCUCCAGAUAGUUGGUUAGCUGGACUAGGGGAUGUAUCUAAACCAGCACCCAAUUUAGAGAAAGUUAUUGAAAUUUUAAAUAAAAAUGCUGCUCAAAUAGCUACUCCAGAUGUAUUAAAAGUGUUACCAGAUGAAAUACCUAUUCAUCGUAUUAGUAAUUUUCUAGUUACUGCUCUAGACAAAGCAAUCAGCAAUAGAAGGCUUUAUCAAGUGAACCGUGGACUACUCUAUGCUAAACUUUUAAAAAUUCAACAACAGAGAAUAUUUUAUGAGUCACAAAAUAUUACUUUGACAGAAUUUAAUAUCUGCGGAGUGUGUAAAAAACGAUUUGGAAAUCAAAGUGCAUUUGUAAGAUGUCCAAAUGGUGAGAUUGUCCAUUAUUCAUGUCAUAAUCACAAGGCAGAUUAAUAAGAAAACUUAUAAUAUCUGAGUUCAUUGGUACAAGUUAAAACAGUCAUAAAUAAUUAAAUGGAUAUGUCAGAUCCAGAUCCUUCAUGAUCAGAAUCCAUAAAUGUAUCUUCUUCAUGUACAGCAUUAUUGAAUGGUGUUGAUUCAUUUUCCGCAUUAUUAACACCACUAAAUGUUGCAUCUAAAAGUGAACCAUUUAAAACGGGUCCAGUUGAAUCUGCAGAUGUGGCUGUUGAAGUAUUGCAUGGUUUUCCCAAACUCUCUAAACUCUCCAUAACUCGUUUGUUAUUUGGGUCAAGACUAAAAACCAAUAAAUGAUAGUUAUUAUGUGAUUUUUUAACUAAAAUAUUAGUUUUUUUAUUGGAUUCAUAAAAUCUAAAUAAUAAAUUAUAAAAAAGUCCUAUUGUUAUUGGAUAAAAUAUUCUCAUUAAACUAUGUUAUUUUUUAUUGUUUUUAUAAUUAGUGUACUAUAUUUAAAUUUUAAAUUAUUUUUAAAAUGAAAAAUUAAUUAUACUUAUAUUAUGAAGGAUUAUUAUA